AUGGCUUCCCGGCUGCCAAUUCAAGCAUGCCGUUCCUACCAGAGCAUCUUCCAACAGCUACCACAGACCUCAUCAAGAUGUCGACAAUCGCUUCAAUCACAAUUUCUCCCAAAGUGGUCCACGCGAUCAUAUUCAACUCCCCCGCAACCCAUCAACCACAAUACUAAUGCUACUCCCGAAUCAGCAUCUUCAUCACCUCAACACCGCGAUUUACGGUCUCAGUUCCCUUCUCAGCCAAUUUCGUUACCAUCCUCACCUUCAUCACCUAAACAAAAACGGUCUCUCCGUCCCACAAUCUAUGCAUCCCUCUUCCUCCUUAUCGGACUAACAGCCGGACAAUAUGUCUCGCUUGUCCUAUCACCCCCUGCACUCCCCGAGCCAUCUUCUCCUCCCGACGAACUCAUGACCUCUUGGUUGCACGCGCAAGCUUCAAAAAUUCCACUUGUGCAAUCCCUUACGGAAGACCCCAUUUGGCAAUCAUGGGAUGCCUACUCCACAUUCACACCCGAAGAACGACCCCAUCGACUUACCACUGGUCCAUUGGGAGGAUCUCGAUCGAUAGGUGGCUAUCAAAGAGUAUUCUAUAAUUCUACCACGGGAGAGUUUAUUUCAGUUGUAUAUUUGGGAGGAGCGACAGGAGGCUGGCCUGGUGUUGUGCAUGGAGGUUUAAUAGCGACGAUUAUGGAUGAAUCGUUGGGGAGAUGCGCGAUUAGACAAUUGGCUGCUGGAACAGGGGUUACUGCUCAAUUGACGAUGCAAUAUCUGAAACCUAGUGUUACUAAUGCAUUUUAUGUGGUGAGGUGUAUGCCCAUUUUAGGAGAGGAGGGAGGCGGUGAGAGAAAGAGAUGGGUGGAGGGGCGUUUGGAGACAUUGGAAGGGAGAGUUUGUGUGGAAGCGAAGGGACUGUUUGUUGCGCCUAAGAACUAUAAAACGAGGAUUAUUACGGGAGGCUUUUGA